GAAUUUAAAUUAAAUAAUUAAUAUUAUGCCAGAUGCCAUCUAUAUAUUAAAACUAUCUUCCAAAUAUCUAGAUAUGCAUAUAUUUGUUGGCAUUAAAUUCUGGGACAGGGGCAUCAAUGUCAACAUGAAGCAAAUUACUCUAUAAAUUCACUACCAAGAGCUGGCUGGACUUCACACCACUAAACACUUUUUCACUUGCAAAAAAUACUCAUGGCUUCUAAAUUGCUUUUUGCACUUGCUUUCUCUCUCUUCUUGCUUUCUCAGGUUUCAUCUGAUUCAAAGAAGAAUGAAGAAUCCAGCCAUGCUAGCCAAGCGUUACACGUUUUGAGCAGAGGUGACAGGAAACUAAUGCAUGCGGUGCUAGACGUCUCGAAGUAUUUAAAGGCUCGACUGAUACCCCGAGGUGUCGCCCUCGCCCCGGCUCCAGCCCCAAAGCCUAGCCACGGGGCGGUCGACUGCGGCGGGCUAUGCAAGAACCGGUGCAGCCUCCACUCAAGGCCAAAUAGAUGCUUGAGGGCAUGUGGAACUUGUUGUGCUAGGUGCAAAUGUGUGCCACCGGGGACCUUUGGCAAUAGAGAAGUGUGUGGAACAUGUUACACAAAUAUGACUACCCAUGGAAAUAUGAGCAAGUGCCCAUAAUCAAUCAAUUAAUAUAUGUAUGGGGCCCCAUUUUGCAGCUGGAUCUUUUGUGGGUUUGAUUUGAUUGUCUUAGACUAUUAGGUUAAGUUUGGUGGGACUAUUUUGGUUUGGAUUUAAAUUAUUAUCAUGUUUGUUGUUUUGUGUUGUCCUUGUGUAAUUAUCAGAGAUAUGUUUGAAUGAGGAGUUGGGAGUAUUUCUAUGGCUA